CGACGUAUCCCGAAAACAAAUGCUCAGAGAGCAGGGUAAUGACGGUGUCCCAGACUCCCGUGCCAUCAAGCUCCUCCAGGACGACUCCCAGAGCAGCAGCCAGUCUCCGAUCUCGAACCUGUUCGGGGGCCAGUACAAGUCCACGCUGCGCUGCGUCAGCUGCGGGAACCAGUCGGCGAAGUUUGAGGCAUUUUCACACCUCUCCGUGCCGAUGCCUGCCAGGGCCAGUCAGUGCUCGCUCCACGAGUGCAUCCAGCUUUUUGUGGAGGGCGACACAAUCAGCGGCUGGACUUGCCCGGAGUGUCAAAGCAGCGACGGGGCCACCAAGCGGCUUGACAUCCGGCGUCUUCCACCAGUACUGAUCAUCCACAUACAGCGCUUCUACAACGACGGCGCGUGGAAGAAGAAUCAGUCCAGCGUCCUGUUUCCGCUAAAAAACCUGGACAUGUCACCGCAUUUGGCUACCGAGGAUGCGCACCAACAGCACCACAGGUAUCACCUGUGCGGUGUGGUGAACCAUUACGGUUCCAUGGACAGUGGCCACUACACAGCCUUCUGCCGCGCACCCAAUACGGACAGAUGGCACAAGUACGACGACCAUCAGGUGCACGAACUGAGCGGGGGGAGCGUGCAAAGCUCGGCCGGAUACUUGCUGUUUUACUCGGCCACCGACCAGCGGCUGUAG